AUGGGGAUUGCAGCUGCUAUUAUCCAUACAUCCUGCUGCUCGCAGUUGCUGCCAGGGGAACAGAAAAAGCACGAAUACCAGGAAGCUGUCAAGAAUCGUUAUAAGCAUCUUCCCGAAGUCCAAACAAUAGUGAGACAUAGGCAUCUGCCUAAACCAAUAUACAAGGCGAAGGAGUUGCACCGUAUGGUGAUUGAAUCUGAAAAUAGGAAAGAAGAAAGCUCACAUCACCCAGGAAGCAUCGUUACCGAAUCAGUGCGUGGGAGGAUGAUUAGUAGUUUGUUCGCUCUUCUCAACGACGGGGUAGCUUGGUCGGAGUUGCACGGAAUUCUCGAGACCACCACAUGGAUACUUCGUCUCGACCAUUCUUUAAGGACUUUUGAUCAAACGAAGUCAGUACCAUAA